CUCUCUCGCUCGUAAAAGUGAACGCUAGGGAGUGUGUGUGCGUGUCUCGAAAAGAUUACAAAGAAGAAGAAUCUACAGACAGAGCGGGCGCGCGGCGCUUUGCAAACGCUACGCGAUGUAGCGAAUCACCACCGUACCGCCACGCGACAGUCCAGUUUUACAGGACCGGACUAGACUGCAUUGAGCUAUGCCCAGCGCCGACAGAACUCCAGCCGAACUCGAGAGGAACUCUUUCAUACACGGAGACAUGGCAGAGAGGGUUGGCGACUUGAACACCCUCAGUGUGCCGAUGCUCAUGCGUAGAGGUGGCUCAGAGACAUGUCUAGACCUGGACACGACGGACCUGACGGGACGAGAAGUCUCACGAUCGCGCUCCGGCCUGGGCAGCUUGGAGCAGAAAAUCCUAAAGGUGAAAGAGCAGCUGCGAAUCGAACAAAAUUUACAGGAUGAAAACGUCGCAGAGUACCUCAAACUCAUAAGCAGCGCCGACAAGCAGCAGAGCGGCCGUAUCAAACAAGUGUUCGAGAAAAAGAACCAGAAAACGGCGCACAACAUCGUCCAACUCCAAAAGAAGCUUGAGCAGUAUCAGCGCAAGAUGAAGGAGAGCGACGUCUUGAACGGGACCAAACACACGCCACCACACUCCAGCAGAGACCAUCACGAACUGCCUAAAGACAACCUCAAAGAAACCGUCAUCACAGGAAGUGGCCGGCACCCGCAUUUAGACAAGGUCAAGACUAUCGGCCCGGGUGUCUCGCUGUCGCCGCCGUUCUUCUUCAGCAAGUCCCGCGGCAUAGCGAACCUCAUCCGCAACAAGUUCGGCAGCGCGGACAACAUCGCGCACAUGAAGAGCUCUUUGGAGACGGGUAGCAGCCUGCAUGCGGAAGGGGGAGGCCGAGCUCUGAGCGGCAGUGCGACCCUAACCUCCAAACCCAAAUACCCCAGCGAUGAUGAGUGCUCCACUGAGACUUCAUUAUCGGUAGAAAGCAAUGGUCAUGUGACUGGAUCAGGUGUGACGGGACAGAACAGCGGGUCGGGGAAGGAAGGAGGCCACUUGGAGAAUGGCGGCCGCAUGGUGGUAGCCUACGAGGAGGUCAGGGAGUUGAGGGAGACUCAACAUCUGUUAGCCGAAGACAUCGAGACACUCAAGACCCAGUUUAAAUGUGAAUUCGACAAUAUAACACAAACACUACAAGAGGAGCGAUACAGGUGUGAACGUUUGGAGGACCAGCUGAACGAUCUCACAGAGCUCCAUCAGAACGAAACCGCUAACCUCAAGCAGGAGCUAGCUAGCAUCGAAGAGAAGAUGGCCUAUCAAGCUUACGAACGUGCUCGAGAUAUACAGGACGCUCUGGAGGUCUGUCAGACGCGAGUCAGUAAAUUAGAGUUACAGCAACAGCAGCAGCAGGUCUUGCAGUUGGAAAGUGCCGAUGCCAAAGUGUUGCUGGGAAAAUGCAUCAACAUCAUGCUGGCCAUUGUCACUGUGAUCUUAGUGUGCGUGUCCACGGCUGCUAAGUUCUCCGCACCGCUCCUAAAGAGUCGUCUACACAUAUUUGGGACUUUCGUAUGCGUGUGUCUGCUGGCGUUCGGAUGGAGCAACUGGGAACAUUUGCAGUUUACCAUAGAGCGACUGCUCAUACCCAGAUGAAUCCGUUUUAAAGCGAUAGUUCACCUAAAACUAUCCCUUUAAGUGAUAUUCUCACUGGAACUGCACCUCCAGGGAUCUACCCUUCACAAUGUGACUGUCCCAGGACAAUUUCUUUAACAAACACUUUGUUUUUACUGCGUGUUUGUGUAUGAGAGGGAGCGUUCAUGACGUACUGUAGCAGAAAUGGGUCCAUCUCUCUAACUGUAUUGUAUUAAUUGGAUUUAUUAACAUGUUUCCAUUUGUCUUCUGUGUCUUAAGAGGUUCAGCUUUUAACAACUUUUAUUUUAGGACUUGAUAGUAAGUUGUAAAGAACCGUUUGUUGGAAUCUCACGAAAGCAUGAUGGGUCAUAUUUUAUCCCACAAUCAAAGGAAAAAUUGCAUUAAGGGAUAGUUCACCCAAAAAUGUUUUGUCAUCAUUUAUAGUCUUUAGUCCCAGAAAAUUUCCGUAAAAUUGGAAGAGAGGCUUCUGUGUGAACACAAACACGUCCCGUAAAUGUUCUGGGAUCACUCCCAUAAAGAGGACCUAAUAACAAUGUCGUAACAUUCACGAAAAACAUUCUGUGCGAACAAGAGACAGAAGCGAUGCCGUAAGGGACGUGUCAUCGCAACCAAAAUUUAUGGUUCAGCUCUUUAAAACGAGAGAUUUAUCUGCAGCAGCAUAAAAGAAUAGCGUGUGCUCCUUUAAAAUCUUAUCAUAAACAAAAAUGCACGCACAUGGUUUCUCAAAAGAGAGAAAUCACGAAUAAUAAGCAAACUUCAGAUGCUGGAUCUUUACGGCAUGUGUGUGAAUGCACUCACAGAUUCCGAUUUUUUUUUUUAAGUAUGAAUGAACCAAAAUCAAACGAUCCCAGACAAAUCCCGGAUGCAUUUUCCAUGUAUUUUCCGUAAUGUCUGUGUUAAAAAGGACUAUUGUUUUAAGCCUGUAUAUACAUUUCUUUGUUCUGAUGAAUAUAUUUUGAAGAAUGUUUGUACUUAAGCACCAUUGACUUCCAUAGUAGGAUAAAACGUUACUAAAAUAGCUUUCUUUGUGUUCGGCAGAACAAAGAAAUUUAUACAGGUUUGAAACAACUUGAGGGUGAAUAAAUGACAUUUUUAAGAAAUACAAAUGUUGGUAACGUUUACAUUUGCAAUUUGCUUUUUAUUUAUUUUAGUUUUAUUUUCAUUGUAACGUAUUUAUAAAAAAUGAACAACCCUCUUUCUCUGUGUAUUUAUGAAAAAAUUUGGCAAAUUUUUAUAAAUAUGAUUUAAAAAACUUUUAAAACAGGAUCAAUUUCUUGGAAAUAAUUUUCUUUUCAUUUUGGGAUUGAAAUAUGACUCUUCUGUGUACUAAUAUAAUGCAUUAUUUGUACUACUAAAAUGGCCUGAAGAUCUUUUUACCGGCACUUUAAACACAUGUUUGUGAAAUGUUUUACAUGUGGUUGAUAUUUUCUUAUUCUGUACUAAAAGACAGAAACACUCAUUGUUUUAUAAUAGAAAUGCCUCUUGGUCAUUGAAACGUGACAAAGACAUCAGCUUCCUUUUCAUUUUCAGGUUUACGUGACACAAUUAGCUCUGUUCUCUGUGGUACUUAGAAUUCAUAUUUUUUUUCUACGUUAUGAAUGGUUUUGGUUAAUCUGUGAUUAAUGACUACCACAAUGCAAACUCAUUACACCUGUAUUACUACUGUCCAUGUGAACAUUUGCCUGUCUCUGUGGUUUGACUGAAGAUUGUAUAAGCACCCACAUCUGAAUUCACACACGUCCUACUAUACUACUACUGUUUAGUUUAGAGAUGAUUCAAGAAUUUUAAAAGCCUUUUUUAUGAUAAACAAAAAAGACUUUUGUGUGAAAUUUUCUGUGAAUGUUGUCUUAAUGAUAUGAUCUAACAAUUGGAUUGGAGUUUUCCUGAUUUUCAUUGUUUAUCUGAUAGGAAGCUGACGUACUACCUUAAACUGAAAUAAAUGGCCUCAUUUUUCUUUA